AUGAAGCUGCUGAAGGUUGUGCUAUGGACGGAACUGUGUGUGUUGUGUUUGGUGUUUGGCCGAGAAGAUGAGGAACACAACCGAAUCAAUUAUGACAUCUAUGUGACGCCGAUUAUGAUAAGCACUGCCAGUGAUAACCGGUUUCGUGUAAAAAACCCUCUACUGGCUUGGCUAUCCACCGUGCUGAACUACAGGCCUCCAAGCUUUGGCGGGGAAACGCCGGUCACUUCUACGUUGAAGCCUCCACCACGUGACUGUCCGGUGUGCUCGUGCGGCCGCGGCAAGACAAGCUCGAGGAUCGUAGGAGGAGAUGCAGCCGAUGUGAAAGAAUACCCCUGGAUAGUGAUGCUGUUGUACCGGGGUGCGUUCUACUGCGGGGGCUCUUUGAUCAACGAUCGGUACAUUGUGACUGCGGCACACUGUGUGUUGAACUUUACGCCCCAACAGCUGCUCGCGAAGCUGUACGAUGUGGAGCACGGGGAGAUGGUUACUCGCACCAUCGGCAAACUUUACGGCCACGAACGGUUUAGCUUGGACACGUUUAACAAUGACAUUGCGCUGGUCAAACUGCAGCAACCAGUUGAUGCAGGUGCGAACUUCGUUCCAAUCUGUCUGCCUGUCUCCGGAAGAACGUUUGCAGGUCAGAAUGGCACUGUGAUCGGUUGGGGUAAGCUCGGUAACGGUAGCUUAUCGAAAGGUUUGCAAAAGGCCAUCGUACCCAUCAUUACUAACAUGCAGUGCCGAAAGACCAGUUAUCGUGCUUCACGCAUUACCGACAAUAUGCUCUGCGCAGGAUAUACUGAAGGCGGACGUGACGCAUGCCAGGGGGACAGUGGCGGACCGCUAAACGUUGGGGACAGCAAUUUCCGCGAACUGGUCGGCAUAGUGUCUUGGGGCGAGGGAUGCGCUCGGCCCAACUAUCCCGGAGUCUACACGCGGGUGUCUCGUUACUUGAACUGGAUUAGGUCUAACACCCGAGAUGCGUGCACCUGUGAGCGUUCCGAAGCGUGA